GUUCUUAGUGUCAUCCUAUGUCUAAGAUAUAGUCUUUCUCAUCUGUGACUGUGUCACUUAAAAGUCUAACCAAAAAUACAACACACAGAGCAGUUGAUUAUCGUUCUGUAUCUUUUUCUCUAAAUGUAAUAAACCGACGAAUAACCAAUAAACAUAUAAUUUAAUUAUAAGAUUUUCCAAUUUGGAAAUGUCCUCAACCAAAGUAGAUAUUGGGUUUUUGGAGGAGAAAAGUAGUUGGCUUUUACAUCCUCGAUUUUUUCCCAGCAAAGUUGGAGGUACACCCGCAUGGUUAGAUCUGCAAAACUUACCAUUACCAACAGAACUAACCUGUAAAGUAUGUAGUGACCCAUUAAUAUUUUUAUGCCAGAUCUAUGCACCUUAUGAAGAAUCAAGUGAUUGUUUCCAUCGAACUAUAUUUAUUUUUAUCUGUAGAAAUGGUUCCUGUUGUAAAACAAAUUCCACGGACAAUAUCUUAGUCUUGCGUUGUCAACUUCCUCGUAAAAAUAUGUUCUAUUUAUAUGAACCUUAUCAAGAGGAUGAAAAUGAGGAAUUUCCUACAGAUAAAUGGGCCAAGUUUUGCAACAUUUGUGGUGCAAAAGCUCCAUCACAUUGUUCAAAAUGUAAAAAAUCAUAUUAUUGUGGUCGUAAACAUCAGAUUCUUGAUUGGCAAAAAGGUCAUAAAGAAUUAUGUCCAAAAUCACAGAACACAGUACUUAACAAUUUUAUUGUCACUGAAGCAGGAAAAUCAAUUUUAUUCAAGGAAUGGGAACUAGUGGUAGAUGAAGAAUCUGAGGAAGAUUCUACUGACAUUGAUAUGAAUCAAGAAAUGGAGAAACUAAAUAAAUUGCUGCAAGAAAAAAAAGCCGGAACAUUAAAUAAUGUUAGUGAAGAUGAAUUACAACAGUACACAACAGCCGUACCGGUAGACAAAGUUUUUAAGAAAUUUAGUAAAAGGGUAUCUAGACAUCCAGACCAAGUCCUGCGAUAUGAAAGGGGUGGAACUCCCUUAUGGAUAACAGGCAACAGUGACAAUAGUAUCAUAAAUAUACCAAACUGUCAAUAUUGUAAUGGACAAAGACAAUUUGAAUUUCAGGUAAUGCCACAACUUCUAAAUUUCAUUAAUGUUGGUAUAGAUAUUAACAGCAUAGACUGGGGUGUGCUUGUUGUAUAUACCUGUAAAAGAAGUUGUAAUGAUGGUCCAGCAUACAAGAAAGAGUUUAUUUUAAAACAAGACUUAUUAAAUUAAACUAUAAAUAUACUUAUUAAAAUGUACUAACAAAUUAA